AGUGUUUUAAUAUAAUUUGCAGAAUAUGUUAGUAGCAGGAAGUGAUGUAAUAGCUGUGACUCUAACUUGGGCAUUGUCUUUGCUAUUGAACAAUCGCACUAUGCUUGAUAAGGUUCAAGAGGAGCUGGACACUCAAAUUGGAAGGGACAGAAAUGUUGAUGAAUCUGACAUAAAGAACUUAAUCUUUCUCCAAGCUGUGAUCAAAGAAACCCUCCGUCUCUACCCACCAGGCCCAGUCAAUGAUUUACGUUCUUCACUCAAGGACUGCACCUUGUCAAAUGGCUACCAUGUGCCAGCCGGUACAAGAUUGAUGAUAAACAUUUGGAAGAUUCAUCGCGAUGAAAGCAUAUGGCCCGAGCCAAACGAGUUUCAGCCAGAGAGGUUCUUGACAACUCAUAAAGACAUCGAUGUCAGGGGGCAGCAUUUUGAGCUCAUUCCAUUUGGAUCCGGGAGGAGAUCUUGCCCCGGGAUACAACUCUCGUUGCAGACUCUAUAUAUUUGUCUGGCCACCUUGCUACAUUGCUUCGAUUUCGCCCUCCCAUCCGAUGAAAAAGUAGAUAUGAGUGGAAGUGCAGGGCUCGUAAAUGCGAAAGCCACUCCUCUUAAGGUGUUUCUCACACCGCGCCUUCCUACUACUGUGUUUGGGCAUUAAGUUUAUUUUUAUUAACAGUAACGUUGUACCUGGUGAUCAGUACUCAUGUAUCAGUCUGCAAAAGUUGUUUUUACUCCAAAACACCCAAGUAAAUAAAAACACCAUGGAACUCUGUAGACAUGGUGGUUUGUUACUACAA